UUCGGUAGGUUUCAAAUAAACUUAAAUGUCUACACUUAAUACUUUCGCAAGCUUCAAAUUCUUUUUAUUUUUAUAAAGAGCAGGACUCAGGCUAGGAGAGCAUUUGGACUAGGUAAAAAAGAAAAUCUUUGGUUUUGUGUACACAAAUUUUAAAAUACAUUGUACAAUUUUUUUUUUUUUUUUUUGGAUACAGACUACUGUUUACAGGAUCCGCGUUAUUGUAUUUGCCUUCAGUAACUGGCUCUCCUGUCCGCAUCCAGUAAGGUUUCCACUCUUCUCUUCAUUGACUGCUGAAGUUACUGAAACAGCAACUACAAAUGGCCUUACUAACCUACUUAUUUUGCAAUUACACUUUUACAAAGAUAUCCCCCUACUCCUCCCCUAGGGUGGAGCAGAAACGGCUCCGCGGCGUUGGCAGCUCGUGUGCGAGGGACCCUGGCUCCCCGAGGCUGCAGUCUUUUUUCUUGGACUGAACGCCCCGCGGGACCGUUCCCUCCACUUUCCCCCGCACUCGCGCAGCGCACCUGCCAGCACACACAGCGCUGGAGCCCGCAUUGCCCGGCACCACACUCGCCUCCGGCUUGAGAAGCCAGUCACCGAGUUCCGGAGCGGGAACGAGAUGUAAACACGGAGUGGGAACAUGCAGCCGAUCUGAGAAGGCGGCGCGAGAGUAGACACAGCCUGCGCCAGGCGGCUCUUAUUUAUCCAGCACUUACACUCCAGGGCAAGCGGGCCCAGGCAGCGCACUCUUGCAGGAGGAUGCACUGGCGCAGAGCCUGGACCUGCUGAAGCGGGAAGGCGGAGCUAGGGCUGGGGGCGGAGCUUUCACACGCGCACCCUCGCUUCCCUCCUUCCCUCGACACAGCAACUGGGUCUCCAGCCGCCACUCCGGGUUUAUUUGUUUACAAGCGGAUUACGUCAGCUCCUCCCUCUCUUCCCUAUCUCUGGACCCGCCUCCUGGACUCUUUUCCCGCCCCUUUCGGCUCCGAACCGGCUUGCGUCACAAUGGUGCGAUAUUCGGAUUGGCUGGAGUCGGCCGUCACGCUCCAGCUACGCCACUUCCUUUUCGUGGCACUAUAAAGGGUGCUGCACGGCGCCUGCAUCUCUUCGCCCCUCGGAGCUGGAAAUGCGACUGUUGGGAUAUUCAGAUGCUGGGGAGCUGGAGGCGGAGGCGGCUGGGGAGGUCCGAGCGAUGUGACCAGGCCGCCAUCGCUCGUCUCUUCAUCUCUCCUGCCGCCUCCUGUCUCGAAAAUAACUUUUUUAGUCUAAAGAAAGAAAAAAAAAAGUAGCCGUCCGCCCCUCACGCCCUCUCUUUCUCUCAGCCUUCUGCCCGGUGAGGAAGCCCGGGGUGGCCGCUCCGCCGUCGGGGCCGCGCUGCCGAGCCCCGGCCGCCCCGGGCCGUCCCCGCACGCCGCCCCCAUGCAUCCCUUCUAUACCCGGGCCGCCACCAUGAUAGGCGAGAUCGCCGCCGCCGUGUCCUUCAUCUCCAAGUUCCUCCGCACCAAGGGGCUCACGAGCGAGCGACAGCUGCAGACCUUCAGCCAGAGCCUGCAGGAGCUGCUGGCAGAACAUUAUAAACAUCACUGGUUCCCAGAAAAGCCAUGCAAGGGAUCGGGUUACCGUUGUAUACGCAUCAACCAUAAAAUGGAUCCUCUGAUUGGACAGGCAGCACAGCGGAUUGGACUGAGCAGUCAGGAGCUGUUCAGGCUUCUCCCAAGUGAACUCACACUCUGGGUUGACCCCUACGAAGUGUCCUACAGAAUUGGAGAGGAUGGCUCCAUCUGUGUGCUGUAUGAAGCCUCACCAGCAGGAGGUAGCACUCAAAACAGCACCAACGUGCAAAUGGUAGACAGCCGAAUCAGCUGUAAGGAGGAACUUCUCUUGGGCAGAACGAGCCCUUCCAAAAACUACAAUAUGAUGACUGUAUCAGGUUAAGAUAUAGUCUGUGGAUGGAUCAUCUUAUAAUGAUGGAUAAAUUUGAUUUUUGCUUUGGGUGGGCUCCUCUUGGGGAUGGAUUAUGGAAUUUAAACCAUGUCACAGCUGUGAAGAUCUGGCACAAGAUAGAGUGGUAAAAAAAAUUUUUUUAAGUGACAGUGCCAUAGUUUGGACAGUACCUUUCAAUGAUUAAUUUUAAUAGCCUGUGCGUCCAAGUAAAUGAUCACUUUAUUUGCUAGGGAGGGAAGUCCUAGGGUGGUUUCAGUUUCUCCCAGACAUACCUGAAUUUUUACAUCAGUCCCUUUAAAGAAAAUCUGUAUUUCAAAGAACCUUUCUCUGCAGUAAAUCUCGCAGAGGAAUUUGCACUAUUACACUUGAAAAUUGUUACUGUUAACCUUUUUGGCAGCUCAAUAGGAAAGCUGAACGUUUUAAACAUGGUAGUACUGGAAAUUUUACAAGACUUUUACCUAGCACUUAAAAUAUGUAUAAAUGUACAUAAAGACAAACUAGUAAGCAUGACCUGGGGAAAUGGUCAGACCUUGUAUUGUGUUUUUGGCCUUGAAAGUAGCAAGUGACCAGAAUCUGCCAUGGCAACAGGCUUUAAAAAAGACCCUUAAAAAAGACACUGUCUCAACUGUGGUGUUAGCACCAGCCAGCUCUCUGUACAUUUGCUAGCUUGUAGUUUUCUAAGAUUGAGUAAACUUCUUAUUUUUAGAAAGUGGAGGUCUGGUUUGUAACUUUCCUUGUACUUAAUUGGGUAAAAGUCUUUUCCACAAACCACCAUCUAUUUUGUGAACUUUGUUAGUCAUCUUUUAUUUGGUAAAUUAUGAACUGGUGUAAAUUUGUACAGUUCAUGUAUAUUGAUUGUGGCAAAGUUGUACAGAUUUCUAUAUUUUGGAUGAGAAAUUUUUCUUCUCUCUAUAAUAAAUUGUUUCUUAUCUUGGCAUUUUAA